CUCCUCACUAAACAAAGUCGGAGAGGCCACCGCGCCAACGACCCAACCCCAAGCAAAGGAAACACCACCACCGCCGCUUGCAGCCCACGGAUUCUCGCGUGCACUGCACGGGGGGAACUCCAUUCCAUUUCCAACGGAGUCGCCGACUGGGGGAGUGAGCGAAUUGUUCGUUCCGCGGCCGCCGCUUCCGGCGCCGAGGAGCCAAGCAAAACUCCGUCUCCGUGCAAGUUGUUGUUGCGAGAAGAAGCGAAGCGAUCGACGACUUUAACGAGCCAUGAGCUCGCCAAGCUCGUGGCUGUUCUCGGACAACUCGAGGUACAGCACCCGGGCGCGGCUGCUCUUCAUGGGCCUCUCCUUCGCCAUCGGCAUCCUCACCUUCCUCCUCUACCUCGCGCUCUGGUACGCCUGCAGCAGCAGCCGCCGCCGCCGCCAGCAGCAGCGGCGCGGCGUGGUCGGCGUGGCCGGCGCGCUGGAUGAAGGCGGCGACCGCGGCAUGAGCGCGGACGCGAUCGCCGCGCUGCCGGCGUUCGUCUUCGCUCGCGACGGCGGCAGCGGCGAGCCGGCGGCGCCAGCGCUCGACUGCCCAGUGUGCCUCGGGCAGGUGGAGGCCGGGGAGAAGGUGCGGCGGCUGCCCAAGUGCGGGCACGCGUUCCACGCCGAGUGCGUCGACGCCUGGCUGCGCGCGCACUCCACAUGCCCCAUGUGCCGCGCCGCCGUCGGCGCGGCCGCCGCCGCCACCGCCACCAAGCUGCAGGCAGCCGACACCACCCCGACGCCGGCGGAGGCGCUGCCACCUGUGUAAUGUGGCCGGCGAGCUGGACCACCGCCCCUGGGAUCGGAAUGCUUGAAUUGAAGUUGAACACACAUGCAUGAUUGGAGAACAGCAGCAGCUAGCUAGCUAUAGUGACAGCAAUACACACUAGGUAGUGUGAUAACCUAGGAUCAUAUAGAGGGAGUCUUGGUUUAUUAAAUUAAUCGCGGAGAUUUGUUGGUUUAAUUCGUCAGGUCGUGCGUGCUUGUACAGCGAUAUCAUAUCAGUGACGUCAACUCUUGCUACU